UACGAUUUAAGAAUAACAAAUGUCAACGCGCGAUAUGCUGGGGCUACUCAUGAUGCAUAUAUUUGGAGAAACUCAGCUAUCAAUGCAAAAAUGCAACGUAGAUAUAUUGAAGGAGACAGCAACACAUGGUGCAUUGCAGAUUCAGGAUACCCGCAGCAACCUUGGCUAAUGAUACCCAUUACAAAUGCGUUGCCCAACACACCAGAAGGCCGUUAUACCGCAGCUCUUGUUCGAACUCGAUCUUACAUUAAAAGAUGCAUUGGUGUACUCAAAGGACGAUUUCGAUGUAUUCUCGGAGAGAGGAUGCUGCAUUACACACCUAGAGUUGUAGCGCGUAUUGUUAUUGCAUGUGUAAUCUUGCACAAUAUUUGCACGGAGGGACGACUACCAAUUAAUCAGUCCACUGGCGAGAAGGCGACUCAUAGAAACAUAUUUUACGGACAAUGUUUAAGUACAACAAUAGUUAAUAGUACGAAAGAUAUGCUAAAAAGAGUUUAUAAUGACACAUGCAAGUUUUCUGAAUAUUGUUUUAUUAUAAAAAUUAAAAGUUAUUCCUUGCCCCCGACAAAAUUCGAGUAG